AUGCCAUGCAUAAAUAUUCCUAUAAAUACCCAAUUCCAUCAACUUAAUUUUACACCCAAGUCUACAGAUAUAUAUCUAUAGAGAUCUAGAGACCACGAACAAAAUGGAUUUCCAAGUUGCAGUCUUCACCAUCAUAGGAUUAGCAUUUGUAGCACAAACUGCUAGUGCUCAAAACUCGGUGGCAGAUAUCGUGACAAUUGACUUCUUCAAUGGGAUUAUUAACCAGGCUGCCGCUGACUGUGCUGGGAAGAGCUUCUACACCAGACAGGCUUUUCUCGAUACCCUUGGCUCGUACACUGGUUUCGCUACCACUGGUUCCGCUGAUGAUAAUAAACGGGAAAUUGCAGCUUUCUUUGCCCAUGUCACUCAUGAGACUGGCCAUUUUUGCUAUAUUGAAGAGAUCAAUAAGAACACCUACUGUGACACAAGUAGAACGGACUUCCCAUGCAACCCUGCCAAGCAGUACUACGGGCGCGGACCACUCCAACUCACCUGGAAUUACAACUACGGAGCUGCCGGAAAUGCCAUUGGCUUCGACGGCUUAAACUCCCCAGAAACUGUAGCUUCAGAACCCGUGCUAGCGUUCAAGACCGGCUUGUGGUUUUGGAUGAACAACGUUCACUCUGUUAUCAGCCAGGGAUUUGGAGCCACAACUCGAGCCAUCAACGGUGCUGUGGAAUGUGAUGGCAAAUCUCCCGACACUGUUCAAGCUCGCGUCAACUAUUACACAGACUACUGCACCCAAUUCAAUGUUGCUCCUGGUGACAAUCUCUAUUGCUAG